AUGGAGUGGGAACUCAACUUGCUUCUCUACCUGGCCCUCUUCUUCCUGCUGCUCUUCUUACUCUUCCUCCUGCUCUUCGCCGUCAUCAAGCAGUUGAAGAACUCCAUUGCUCACACAGCUGGGGUGCUGCAGCCAGGCCGCCUCUCGCUGCCCCGGGAGCCGUGGGGCUUCUGCCGCGAGCAAGCCGUGUGA